AUGGCAACAAUUGCUCACAACCUCUUGUCCUAUUACAAGGGCAAUCUGUCAGUCCUUGCCGCCCCCCCGCUCCCCCCCAACAAGGACAACAAAUGGCUGACCAUUCCCCCAGGCAUGACACCCGGUAUUCUCCCCGGCCCUCCGCCAAACGGUGACUACUACUGGUGGGAGGGCGGCGCAAUGUGGGGUACGAUGGUAGAUUACUGGCUCUACACCGGCGACACCUCCUACAACCCGACCGCUGAGUACGCCAUGGUGUACCAGGCCGGCCCGCCGGCUAACAGUUACGAGCCGGCCAAUUGGACGGCGUCCCUGGGCAAUGACGAUCAAGGCUUCUGGGGUAUGACCGCUAUGCUGGCGGCCGAGUCCAACUUCCAGAACCCGCCGGAGAAGGACCCCCAGUGGCUUGCUCUGGCCCAGGCCGUCUUCAACACCCAGGCUGCCCGCUGGGACACACAGUACUGCAAUGGUGGUCUGCGGUGGCAGAUCCCCCUCUCCAACAACGGCUACGACUACAAGAACAGUAUUGCGAACGGUAUUUUCUUUAAUCUCGGCGCCCGUCUGGCCCGGUACACUGGCAACGAUUCGUAUGCGACCUGGGCGGAGACUGCUUACAACUGGACGGCCGACGUUGGCUACAUUGACUCCUCGUUCAACAUCUACGACGGUGCCCACGUCGAGCACAACUGCACUGACAUCAACAAGGCGCAGUUCUCGUAUACUGCUGCAGCGUUCAUCCAGGGCGCUGGCUUCAUGUACAACUACACCAACGGAUCCGCUCUCUGGGGGCAGCGUCUGACAAGUUUGACGAACCGGACCCUCGAUGUGUUCUUCCCCAACGGUAUUGCCGUUGAACUCGCCUGUGAACUGCCGGCCUCGAUCCAGUGCACGCCCGAUAUGCUUUCGUACAAGUGCUACCUGCACCGUUGGCUUGCCCAGGUCACGCAGAUGGCACCUUUCCUCUCGCCCACUAUUCUUCCAGUCCUCAAGACGUCUACCCAGGCCGCCAUGAAGAACUGCAACCCCGACGGCACCUGCGGAUUCCGCUGGACGACAGGCUCGUACGACGGCCUUACUGGUGCUGGUCAGGAAAUGAACGCCCUCGGCGCCCUGAUGAGCGUCAUGAUCACCCUCGAACCCGUAAAGGCCGCCUUGACUAAUUUGACGGGCGGUACGAGUGUGGGUAACGCGGCGGCCGGCGUUGGCUCAACGGUCUCCGUAACCACGUACGGCCCCAUCACGGCGGGCGACCGUGCCGGUGCGUCGAUCCUCACCAUUCUCAUCAUCAGCGGCAUUGUAUCCAUGCUGGUGUGGAUGAGCACUGGCGAGGGCGAGGGCUUCCGCCUUGGCCUGUUUGGCAAGGGAAAGGGCAUGUUGUAA